AGGCCACAAGCUGAAAUGUGUUAGUCUAAUAAAGUUGUUUCCUGAACCACAAGUGUUGCUGGAGCUCUUGUGAUCUCUUCAAGACCUUUUCUCUCCAAGCACCUUAGAAGUUGGUGAAGUUGUGCCAGAACUUUAGACCUCUUAACUGAAUCCAAAAAGGUACACUUUGAAAUAUUCUCUUAGUAAUGACACAUAAAGUAAAACAUAUUUCAAGCCUUUUAUUAAUUUGAAUCUAUCAAGUUGAUUUUCUCUUUUUUAAUUUUAUGCAUUACUUUUAUGCAUUUACUCAGAAACAGGACAGAGGAUAUAAAGUGGAAAGAGGGGUAUUGUUCUAAAUUCUGGACUUAAGGCUUUAGCCCAUAAAACUCAGAAAUCUAGUAGCUCAAAGUAUUUGGAAUUUUCCUGGUAUCAACUCCAAAAAAGGUUGCUUUGAUAGCACCUUCAAUUUGUCGGUGUUUUGGGUUUGGUUGUUUCUUAUUUUCCUCUUGACAAAUAUCUCACAGAGUCUUUACGGGGUUUAGGUAGGGUUAGUUUGCAGACCAGUCAAGUACAGCAAUAUCAUGGUCAGUAAAUUAUAUGGUAGAAGUUUUUUGGCUGUGGGUGGGUGUUAAGUCCUGCUUUCUUCUCUGCAGAUAGAAGCAUGAAGGUCUCUAAAACCUUCUGGUAAACCUUAGGCUGUGUUCACUCUGGACUUCAUAAAACACAAUAGACUAUCAGUAGCAGAUGACAUGGCACCCCAAAUCAUCAAAGACUGCUGAAACCUCACACUGCACUCAAACACCUUGGAUUCUUAUGUCUCUCCACUCUCAUUGCUCAUGAUGCUAUGACUCCAGCCUCAGUCCUUGUGAAGCUCCUCUUAGUUUUUGAAUCUGCUUUGGUUGACAGUCCUCUCAAGGCUGUGCUUAUCCCUGUUGCUAGGUCUCCUUUUCCUCCCUCACUCUCCCUCCAGUCAACUUUCCAUAAGUCUAUUUCUGUAAAACGUUCUAAGAACAACAGACUUUCCAGCAAUGACUCUCUGUGGCUGACCCUCCUCAUGGAGGUGGUCAAUGGUUUUUUGGACAUCUGUCAGGUUCUGCAGUCUCCUCCUUGAUUGUGGUCUAAACCAGAUUUAGUGAUAAACAAUAUUUAUCAUGUUGUAAAUUACGUUAAACCGAAAUGAUAAUAUUUACAUAGUUCAAUGUUUGUUUGUUUUUUGCUGUAGGCCAUAAUUAUCCAAAUUGAAUUAGAAAACUACUGUAAACAUUUUGAUUUACAUGUUGUACAUCUAGGAUAUAUUUGAACAUUUUUUGAAAACCUGAUGGAGAAUAUUGAACUUUUUGAGAUGAUUCUGUAAUUGUUGAAGAAAGAAAAGCAAAGAAUGACUCAGUGGAACUUACUAUAUUUUCAACAAGAGUCAAACCCCUGAGGCUUACACAAACCAACGUACUAUUGUUGACAGACCAUACACAGGUGUUAGGUCACCUUGAACUCUCUGAAGAACAUUCAGUAAGAGUAAAAUGAGUCUUGACAAACACUUUUUCAAAGUUCAAAGUUGCAAAACUUUUAUCUGGUUACCUCAUGGUUAAAGACAAGUUGAUCUAUUAACUUGGUCAUCUUGUGGUUGACCUUAGCUUAAACUUAGAGUAUUACUAAUCGUGGAUUUUAUAUUCCUGGAAAUUCAUCAGUUUCCAUCCAUAUUUUAAAAGCAAACUCAAAAAGUACCUUUUUAGUCUUGCAUUAAACUAAAUUUUGUAUCAUUAGCUUAGCUUUGUUUGAGUGUUUUAGCAUUUAUCUCGGUCUAGUUUUAAUGACAAGAUUGUCUUUUGUUGAGCUAUUCUGGUGCUCUUAUUUUAGUAUCUUUUUGCUUUGUUUUUAUUUCAUUUUUAUUUAUUAAUUCUUACAUUUAAUUUUAUGUUACGUUGUCUUUAGAUUUUAACCUGACCUCAAGUGUCUACUCAUCUUGAAUUUUAAGAUGGCGUUUCUUCAGUGCGCACAUUCCUGUUUUUACUAAAUUGUGCCCUUUUCAAGUUGAUGCAUUUUAAUACUCAUUUCUGUUGUGCCUUGAUUGUGGGGUGGGGUGGGGUGGGGUAGAGUCAGGUACUCUUUGUUUCUUUUGUUCUUCUGCAUAAAGCACUUUGUUCUACAUUGUUUUGUAUGAAAAGUGCUAUAAAGAUAAAGAUAUCAGUAUUUUCUCAAGAACUGUUAUAAAAUUUGUUGUACGUCUUUCUUGACUUUUCCAAAAUCCUGUAAAUGAAACAAUCAGGAUUGAACUGUGGAUGUGUGUCAGUUCAUGACAACUGUAAAACAGAUUUUUUUCUCUGUUUAGAUGCUCGACCCACCUUAAAGUACCACAUAAGGUAAGGAUGAAUUUAGACUUUUUCACCCUCUUUCUCAGUUCUCCAUAUACUGUACAUCUCCUUUCCUCAUCCUUCUUUCUGCCAUUUUGGACUAAAUAAUGGACAAAACACUCUUCUUAAAACAUAUUAAGCAAGCUCCCAGCUCUGCAGCACUGUUGAGUAAUAAUUGCUCAAACCAAAAAAUCCACUGAUUUGUCACCUUAUCAAGACUACAAUGAUGGCAGGCUCAACAAGGCAGCCCAGAUGUUCCUGUCUUUCAUUUCAUUCAUUUUUCAACCAUUUUCAGCUCCCCUCGGAGAAUCCUUGGGCAGUUCAACCCUAGCUAAGAUGUAAAACCCCUUUGGAGAGCUCUGGGUCUGCCUCAGAGUCUCUACCCACUUGGAUAUGGCCAGCCUGCAUAGAACUAGCACAGGGGUGGACAACCAUCUGCCAUGGAGAGCAGAUGGUAUAAGCACAGCAUAGGCCCAAUGAAUGAAUACCCUAAAACCAUAAGCUCAGUUUGCUAUCUCACUGGAUAAGGGGACUCAACUAUUUUUCAUGGGUGCUUUGGACCCAUGGACUGCAUAAAACAUGUCUCAUUGAAGUCACCUGGUUCCUGAAAAGGAGUUUUGAGGCCUCCAAGAUACUCCAGGAUGAAAGUGUAAAAUCUGAAGGGAUUAAUAUUUUACAUGAUUAUAUUCCAAAAGGACAGAUUAUUCAAAAUAGAUUUGUUUAACAAAUAGAUACAGAUUGAGAAAUAGUUUGAAAGACUGAAGCAAAUAUUUGAACCAUUAUGCAAAAAUUCACAUUUCACUUAGUACAGGUACAAUGGGGGUCCCCUGGCUUUUGGAGAAGACUCCUUGGAGAUCAAGAAGUUGCAGUUUUGCUCUUCUGCACAAGCUUUAUUUCUUCAUACCCAACAAAGUUGGAUUUUCAAAACAUCAUCUUUUUAUUAGUUGAAAAAAUAUAGUGAUACUCUAUAGCUGGACAUAAGGUAAUGCAACUGGGAACAUGUUUUAAUACUUUUUACAUAUUGUUUGCAGCACUUAGAUAAAAAAUAAUUAAGUUUUAGUAUGUUUUUAUCUGAAAAUAUCUCUAUGUAGAAUUAAGAAAUUUUUGAAACUGAAUGCAAAAAUUCAUAUCAGUAAAUUCAAUUAACAUAGUCUUAAAGGUUAUUUAAAUCAAAGAAAGUUUUUGUUUUCAACAUUACAUUGUAAUAUAACAAUGUAUUGCAGUUGUUGAUUUUUUAAAAUAAAGGAAAAAAUCAUACUUUUCACUCUGAUGUUUUGUCUUUCAUCCCUCAUUUGUUUUUGAGUAACAUUGUGUUCAUUACAAAUAGAUGAAUUAGUAACUAUUUACUGAGAUUUUUUUAUGUGGUUAAAUUAAUUUUCAAAUUUAAAUCCGCUUACUUUUACUUCUCUUUCAAUUAUUUUUUUCUUCAUGACAUGACAAUUAUUUUAUUUGCUGUGUGGCUGUGUGUUUGAUUUUAAUCUUUUUGAUGCAUUUUAUUUCUUUGACUUCAUUAUUUACUAAUAUGAACAUAUGUUAUUUGUAAUAUUACCUGAUUUGAGGAUAUUCACAGUCAGUGAUGUGUUUAUUUUUGGAGCAUUGUCUGAUGAUUUGCUUCUGCUUUAGUGUGGAGUUACCUGAUGAGGAGGACUUCAUACACACAGGGCAUGAAUUGGUAAUCAACACUAUCAAUUUUUAUUAUCAUCAACUUUUUUGAACAUAGUCUUACUUCAACAAAAUAUUUAUUCUGUUUUGAACCUGAGAUACUUCACUCACCCAAUUUCUCCCUUGAACCUCAUCCUGAACUUUCUGUUGAUGGAUAUUUAGGCUGACAUGUCGAAUGAAUAUACAGAGGAGGAACUGGAGGAGUGUAUAGAAAGGUAUGAAAAGUCAAAGAAAUGGGAAUACUUUAUUCUUCACAAUUCUAAAACAUGUCUAUUUAUGCCACCAAGCAUCACAAAUAUUAAACAAAACCUCUACAGUUUGAUGUAAAAUGCAGAGAACAAUGGUUGUCAUUCAGUCUUUUCCACGGUCGAAUAAUUUUUUCUUUGGGGAUCAAUAAAGUUCUUGUAUUGUAUUGUAUUGUAAUAUCUCUCAUGCCUCCCAUGUAAAUGUGCAUUAAUGUUAAUUUGGAAAGAACUUGAUGUUUCCUGAUGCACAAACAAUCAGUGGAGAGAACAUCAAUAAGUACAUCGACAUAACUCAUUGAGUAACUAACAUACAGUAUGCUUUCUGUGUUUUCAGAGGCGCAAUGUUAAAAGUGCCAGAGAGGUUAAAAUCAGUGUUUAAAUAGUUGGAUGAUGAAGUAUGUACUGAAUGCAUCCUUCAUAGGACACAGCCGCUGAUUUGGUACACUGCUUUGCAACUUUUUGUCUUCUCUAUCCUUUGCUUUAGCUUAGACGAAGAAGAAGAGGAAAUCGAGAUUGAGAUUCAUGGGCCAAAGCAUAAAGAAGUAAUCUUAAAGGUACACAAUUUAUUCCAACAUUUUCAUGAACUUUUAUUGAAAAGCUAUCAAGGAUAAUUAAAAACAUUACUCCAAUCCAACAAUAAACUUAUUGUUCUAUGAAAUUAAGUAUUUGAAAUAAUUUGAAUGAUGUUUUGAUAAAAUUCUCUGAGAAAUGAUAUCAUAUGUAGCUGCUUAUCUGCCCAAAUGGUUUCUGUAUGUGGUUUCAGCCUAGAAUCAGCAGGUACCAGUUGGCAUCUUCACCACAGAGUUUCAAGAGGAAGGAGCCUGAUGAAGGGUAUGAAACAGUUCUGAGGAAAGUGCCUCAUGCCUACCCCAAGAGUAACAGAGGGAAUAUCAAGUUAUCACAUGAAAAAAAUAAUCUGUGCUACAAAGCAGCAAUGUUGCACCAUCAUUUAGAGCCGAACUUCAUUCAUGAACUCUGUAUGCUUAGAGCCCAACAACCAGUGAUUCUACCAUGGACUGCCUAAAGCAUGGACAUGGUGUCAUUGGUUUCUGAAACUGUGUUUGAGAGCCAUAAUAGUUAUGCCCAACCUAAAUUGUGGCUGGCCUAACAACAUGCAAAGAUGCAGAAUAAUGGUUGACUUCUAGCUUCCUAGCUAACAGCAACAAUCAGUACUGCAAAGAUGUUUUUUGGUGUUUUUUGAAUAGUUGCAUAUGUGGUGCUUCUCUCAGCUAGCUUCAAGUAAGCAUUGGAGCAACUACAUUUAUGACACGUCAUCAAACUUAUGAUACUUAACAAAAUAUAUAAUCAUGACAGAUCUGUGGCAUCUCUCGGAUCUUCUCUCGGAUCCUCUCUACAGUGAUAUGAGCCUGAUGAAAGAAGUCUUAAUCACUUGCUUUGUACUUCAUUACAUAACUUCUACUUGUCAUUCUUUUAAGCCAGUGCUCCUCUUCUCCAAAUUUCAUGUCAAAAUCAUAACAAACUGAUGGACCAACAUAGUCGAAUACAUGCUACUAUGCAUGUCUGCUUGGAUUAAAAAAAAAAGAGAAAAACUUUUAAAAUUUUGUGAAAAAAUUUCCCAUGACUGAGAUGCCUUUUAUAUCAUAUUAAUGAUUCCUUUUUUAUUUUAAGAUGUAGCUGAUAGUAAUGGACUCUGGGCACUGGAUGCCUUACACAGGGCAUCACAAGCAAAGCAGUUACUGCCUCACCCGGGGCACCAAAUGAAAGAAUCACUUUCCACAGUUAAACUAACACCAACGAUUUUGAUGAACAAAAUAAUUUGCAUUUGAUCAACAAAUAGAGGGUUACCAUAGUGGGAUCAGGGAUCCUAAACAAGCAGUAGUUUAACUUUUGUAUUUAUUAUUUGAACUUGUAAGACCAAGGUGACUACAAAUCUUUUUCAAAAUGUUUCCCAAAUCUUUUCACAUAUAAGUAGGUGAUUAUGGUAAAAUUUAUACAGUGCUACUGAAGUGUUGAGGGUUUUUUCCUAUCAACCGUAUGCUCAGCCAUGUAUACUGUGAGGGAUUGUUUCUCCUUUUUAA